ACAACUUCCGGUGCUCAGGUUGUUUCGUUUUCACAAACUGUUGUUCCGACUUUUUACCUUUUCUUCCUCCUUUUCCACGAAGAUAGAUGAUUGUUGACGGACUGUCUGUUUUUUUAGAUGCCUCAUGUUAAUCCACCUGGAUCUUCUCUUCCACCCGUGAGUGGAAGUGUCGAAGAUCCACCACAGCUCGACCAAGCUGAAACGCUGAGCGACAGCAGGACAUUUCCAGAGGGUGCUUCUAAUCCUGGACGUUUUGAACAGCAGAGCGUAUUGGAUUGUGUCGAGGUGGUGGAGGUGGUAAAGGUGGUGGAGGUGAAUCCCAGCCCAGAGCAGCUUAAUACAGGUGAUGAGAAGUCCUCAGGAGAUGACGAGCGAGCCUGCAGUGGGUUGAGAAACAGAGAAGAGGUCAUUAAAGAGAUCAGCAUCAGCAGCACCACUUUCAUCGGCCCGGUGUAUCAACCUCAGCCUGCAAUAGAGGAUGAACUGAGUGAGUUUUAUAAAGAGCUUGAGCAAAUCGAACAGCUAGAGACUGGAGAUGGGAAUAGUGAGCGUAUAUCUUGGUCCAACGCUCCACCAGAGACUGUAAAUGUUCAUAGUGAGCAUCUGUCUCAGUCCUGUGGUCCACCAGACCCUGUAGAUGGGACCAGUGAACAUCUAUCUCUGUACUACGCUCCACCAGACCAUGUAGAUGGUACCAGUGAACAUCCAUCUCAGUUCUACGCUCCACCAGAGACUGUAGAUGGUACCAGUGAACAUCUAUCUCAGUCCUAUGCUCCACCACCAGCCAUAAAAGAGAAGGGGAACAAUCACAGGAACGCCUACAGACCUUAUCCAGCUACAUGGCAACACACAGAAUACCGAAACACCCCACAAUGGAGACCUCAGUCUUCUAACACGACCUGUGAUUGGUCAAACCCACACAGCUAUCAAAAUCAGUGGCAGCUUCCUCCACCAAACUUCCCCUUCUAUCCUCCACCCCAACCUGGGAAUCCCACGCACCCGCAGUACUCCCAGUGCAAUCCGCUUGAGACCAGCGGCUCUCAAUUCGCUUCAUCUCACAGCCCUGCUCCAUAUGCUCCUUACGAAGCGUUCGAAACACAGCAGUAUGAGGAGCAGAGUUAUCAAGACGUGAACCAGCACAAUUGUAACUACGGUCCUGCUUUGGUGUUGAUUUUGAUGAGAGGAGUCCCAGGAUCUGGGAAAUCAACUCUCGCCAGGCAAAUAUCAUCCAGCGGUCCGAGCGGACUGGUCCUCAGCACGGACGAUUACUUCUACCAGAAAGACGGCUACCACUUUGAGCCCACUCUGCUCAGUGCCGCACACGACUGGAAUCAAAACAGAGCCAAAAAAGCCAUGCUGGACAGGUGUACACCGGUUGUUAUUGACAAUACGAACGUUCAGGCCUGGGAAAUGAAGCCGUAUGUGACACUGGCUUUAGAGACGGGGUACAGAGUGGAGUUUGUUGAGCCUGAGACCAGCUGGAAAUGUGAUCCUGUUGAGUUAGAAAAGAGGAAUCAUCAUGGAGUCCCGAGAGACACUAUAGCGAACAUGCUGGAUCGAUUCGAGCUCCCGAUCAGCGUGGACAUUGUGAUGAACUCCUAUGAGCCUCCUCAUAAGAGAAAAGAACAUCAUUCCAGACCGUACAGGCAAAGAAGAUGACAAAUAACCAGAAAAACUACGUAUUCUUUUUUUUUAAUUUGCUGACUUGGAAACUUUUAACAGGAAUUGACUAUUUUUGUAGUGAUAUUUAUAAUGACAUUUUAAAGUGUUGACUGGAUGGUCAGCUGUUUUAUUUAAAAAUAUGUCGAUGUCUUGGUUUGAGUCUCAUCUCAUUAUCUCUAGCCGCUUUAUCCUGUUCUACAGGGUCGCAGGCAAGCUGGAGCCUAUCCCAGCUGACUACGGGCGAAAGGCGGGGUACACCCUGGACAAGUCACCAGGUCAUCACAGGGCUGACACAGACACAGACAACCAUUCACGCUCACAUUCACACCUACGGUCAAUUUAGAGUCACCAGUUAACCUAACCUGCAUGUCUUUGGACUGUGGGGGAAACCGGAGCACCCGGAGGAAACCCACGCGGACACGGGGAGAACAUGCAAACUCCGCACAGAAAGGCCCUCGCCAGCCACGGGGCUCGAACCCGGACCUUCUUGCUGUGAGGCGACAGCGCUAACCACUCCACCACCGUGCCGUCCCUUAAUUAUGAAGUCAUUCAUCAUAAUUAUUCUAAUUGUACGUCACUAAUGUUAAUGAAUUGUGGUCUGUAAAGUCGUAGGCUAUGUUUACAUUAACCUGCUGAAUGUGCGAUUUGAAAGAGCAGAAUAAUAAAUCAGGAAUGGACACAUGAAUUUUGGAAAACAAAAAUUCCCGUAAAUGUCGUAUAUUUCGAGGAUAUUACACAGUUGCGUGAAGAUAUGAAGGUUAUCUCCGAGUGGUGAAAAUAUUUUCACCAUGAGAAGAUAAAGUUCAUACCUUCAAGCCAACGUGUGAUUUUUCUUUUUAUUGUAUCGACACAUUCACAAACAAAAAGUACCCAAAUUUAUCAAAAUAAUUCAUCAACUUGCUCACGAGUGACACACAGAGAUUUAUGUCAUGGUUUUGGUUCUCCAUGUCCCAGAUGGAGCUCAUAUGGAAAAAUACGAGUGGCGUAUUUCCCAGUAAAAUGCUUAUGUCCAUAUGUAUAUUACACUCAUGUUAGGUGGUUUUUCAAACAAUCGGUAAAGCAAUAAUUCGCAAAAGUGAAAUGGAAACAUGUUUUCCGCAUUUAAGUCACAUACAUGACAUGAAAAAAAUGGAAACAUGACCUUUCUGAAAAAAAGAGCACGAUGUAAGAGCUGUCGUGAGAGGAGAGACUGGGUAGCUUUAAUCACGUAACAUCCUCAAUGGAAAUACAGACCAUUCACAAUUGCGUUUUGUCUAAUUUUUUUUUUUUUUAACAUCUGGGAACCUGAUGAUAGAUCCUCAGAAAAUCUCCAUGGACGACCUUUUAUAUUCAGUUGAUCAAUCAAGCAGUCAAACUUUUUCGAUAGCACCUUUCAAACAAAUCAAAGUGUUUUACAAGCUAUUGACAGAACGGAAGAUGUUCGAAUGGAUUAAGAGAUGAAAACACAUCCAAGUGAAUAAGACAACAGUACAAGGUUAGGAGUUCAGAUCAUAAAAGAGAAAUAAUAAGAGAUAAUAAAAAUAAUAAGAGCAACAAAAAAGAAAAAUAUAUGAAAAUUGCAGAAAAUAAAUUGAUUAUAGUAAAACAGGAAAAUUUUACUAAAAUACAAAGGAAUAAAAUUUAUAAUAAUAAUGAUGAUCAAUAAAAUAAGUGUGAAGUGUUAUGGAAAAAAAAACCUAGAAUGCUUGAGAUUGAGAUCUGAAGUCAGCUUUUCUUUUCUACGUAAACUCCGACUGUGAAACAGUGUAAUUCUAGAUAUGUAUUAAACACCAAGAGCUCACUUAACUUUCUCUUUCCUCUGGAUAAUUUAAUAUCUCUGAUGUGAUACAAACAGCACCAAUGAACCCUCAGGUAAAAUGAACAAAAAUAAAUCUUUGUAUGAAAAGUUUUUAAAGGUGGCUGGUACAUUUGAUUCUCCUUUCUUGUUCAGGAUUUAUUAUUAAUGUUAUUGAUGUAUAAUGCUGUUCUUGAAAUACUAAUUCAAACAUUUUGUACAGUAGAAAUGUAAUAAAGACAUUG